UUUCUCGUUGGGGAGAUGGGGGGAGUCCCAGGGCUGCAGGGGAGGGUGCAGGGCAGCCAGGAGGGUCCCCAAAAGAAGACCCCUCUGGGUGCCUGGCUCCUGAGAGAGAGAGAAGGGAGCCUGGGGAGCUCCGCUUUGCAAGGUUUCGAAGGAACAGCGCAGAAAGCCAGCCAAGAGGGCCAUGGAGUCGUCAUUAUUUUGUUGUUUAGUCGUUUAGUCGUGUCCGACUCUUCGUGACCCCAUGGACCAUAGCACGCCAGGCGUCAUUAUUAGGGACACCCCUAAUAAAUCUAGCCCAACCCCCGGCCACGCAGGAAUCUCUUGCCCAACCUGGGGCUCGAACCCAAGACCCUGAGAUCAAAGAGACUCGUGUUCAACCAACUGAGCUCUCCUGCCUUAUUCGGGUUUAUUUCUGCAAUUCACGUGGAUCCUCCUGGGCUCCUCAGAGAGAGAGAGAGAAUGUGAGUUUGGUUUGCUCCAGCUUGCAAGGGUUAAAAGGAACUGAGAUGCAUUCCUAGAGUGGAUAGGAAAUAAAGGGAGCGAGGUCCUCCCGAGCCAAAGCCCCGUCCACUUUCCCAGGUUCCUCCCUGCAAGAGGAAGAAGGUGGCUUUCGUCUCCUCUGCAGGGGCUGCCUCAGUUUCCCUUCCGGGACCUGGAUUUGCUAAAACCUCUCAUUAGAACAGACAGAACUUGGCAGAAGACAUAGAGACUUAUUUUGAUUUCUUGGAGGUUUCCUGAGAACAGAGAUGGAUGAGCAAGACUCAGCUGGGCCUGAAGCAGGAAGAGGCCAUUCCAUCCUAACUCUUAGCCAUGGAGGAUUCAGGGGAGAGUCUGUCCAAAGGAUCCUGGGUGAGGAGGACACCCUCCACUCAGAUGUGCAGAGCCAGCACCUCGGGCGGCUUUGCUACCAGGAGGCCAAAGGACCCAGAGAGGUUUGCAACCGACUCUACCACCUUUGCCAUCAGUGGCUGAAACCAGAAACCCACACGAAAGCUGAGAUGCUGGACCUGGUGAUCUUGGAGCGGUUCCUGGCUGUCCUUCCAGCAGAGAUGGAGUGCUGGGUGAGGGAAUGUGGAGCACAGACCAGUUCCCAGGCAGUGGCCUUGGCUGAAGGUUUCCUCCUGAGUCAGGCAGAGGAGAGAAAGCAGGCAGAGCAGCAGGGGAAGGAUCAGUUUCCAGAAAUGGGUCUGGAUUCCUCUGAGGUAGACAGAACUCCGAUGGACUCCAGAGAGAAGCUACUGGGAGACAGAAUGAUGCCAGCAAGACCUGUUUGUCCAUCUUUUCUUGGUGGCGAAGGGGAAGCUGCCACUGUGGAACCAGAGCAGGGUCCAGUGUGCUUUGAAGAUGUAGCUGUGUAUUUCACAGAAGAGGAGUGGGCGUUGCUGGAUCCUGACCAGAGAGCUCUGCACAAGGAAGUCAUGGAGGAGAAUCGUGGGAUCUUGGACUCUCUCGUUGCAGGUGGUGUUGAAGUGGAACUGAAGAAUGAGGGAGACCACAACAAAAUCCACACAGUGGGGAAGUCCUAUUCAGAGUGCAGAGAGAGCUUCAGUCAGAGCUCCCAUUCCACUUCAAAUCAAAGAAAUCCCAUUGAGAAUAAACCCUAUCAGUGCUUGGAAUGUGGAAAGAGCUUCAAUAACAGAAACAAGUUCACUGUCCAUCAGAGAAUUCAUACAGGGGAAAAACCCCAUCAGUGCCUAGAGUGUGGGAAGAGCUUCAGUCAAAAGGGGAGUUUAACUUACCAUCAGAAAAUUCAUACAGGGGAGAAGCCAUAUCAGUGCCUAGAGUGUGGAAAGAGCUUCAUUCAAAAAGGCAACCUUAUGACCCAUCAAAAAAUUCAUAAAGGAGAGAAAACCUUUCAGUGCCAAGAGUGUGGAAAGGGCUUCAGAAAAAAGGACAGUUUAACUUCCCAUCAGAGAAUUCAUACAGGAGAGAAACCCUAUCAGUGCCUAGAGUGUGGAAAGAGCUUCUGUCACCAAGGCCAUCUUUCUGUACAUCAAAGAAUCCAUACAGGGGAGAAGCCUUAUCAGUGCUUGGAGUGUGGAAAGAGCUUCACUGGGAAAACAAGUCUCAUUUCCCAUCAAAGAAUUCAUACUGGAGAUAAACCCUUUCACUGCUUGGAAUGUGGAAAGAGAUUCAGAAAAAAAGGCAAUCUCACUGUCCAUCAGAGAAGUCAUACAGGGGAGAAACCUUAUCAGUGCUUGGAAUGUGGAAAGAGCUUCAGUCACAGCAGCCAACUCACUUCCCAUCACAGAAUUCAUUCCGGGCGGAAACCAUAUCAGUGCUUGGAAUGUGGAAAGAGCUUCGCUUGGAAAAUAAGUUUCACUUCCCAUAAAAGCAUUCAUACAGGAGAGAAACCCUAUCAGUGCCAAAAUUGUGGGAAAAGCUUCAGUCAACAAGGCCAGCUUACUGUACAUCAAAGAAUUCAUACAGGAGAGAAACCUUAUCACUGCUUGCAAUGUGGAAAGAGCUUCGCUAGGAAAAUAAGUUUCACUUCCCAUCAAAGAAUUCAUACUGGAAACAAACCCUAUCACUGCUUGGAAUGUGGAAAAAGCUUCAGUCAACAAGGCCAGCUUACUGUACAUCGAAGAAUUCAUACAGGGGAGAAACCUUAUCAGUGCUUGGAAUGUGGAAAGAGCUUCACUUGGAAAAUAAGUUUCACUUCCCAUCUAAGAAUUCAUACUGGAAACAAACCCUAUCACUGCUUAGAAUGUGGAAAAAGCUUCAGUCAACAAGGCCAGCUUACUGUACAUCAAAGAAUUCAUACAGGGGAGAAACCUUAUCACUGCUUGGAAUGUGGAAAAAGCUUUGUUCGAAGAGGCCAGCUUACUGUACAUCAAAGAAUUCAUACGGGGGAGAAACCUUAUCAGUGCUUGGAAUGUGGAAAGAGCUUCACUUCGAAAAUAAGUUGCAUUUCCCAUGAAAGAAUUCAUACAGGGGAAAAACCCUAUCAGUGCUUGGAAUGUGGAAAGAGAUUCAGAAUAAAAAUCCAGCUCACUGUCCAUCAGAGAAGUCAUACAGGGGAGAAACCCUAUCCGUGCCAAGAGUGUGGCAAGAGAUUCAGUAACAGAAACUACUUUACUGUCCAUCAGAGAAUUCAUACAGGGGAAAAACCCUAUCAGUGCUUGGAAUGUGGAAAGAAAUUCAGAAUAAAACCCCUUCUCACUGUCCAUCAGAGAAGUCAUACAGGGGAGAAACCCUAUCAGUGCCUGGAAUGUGGCAAGAGCUUCGUUCAAAGAAGCCACCUCAUGGCCCAUCAAGAAAUUCAUACAGGGGAGACACCCCAUCAGUGCUUGGAAUGUGGCAAAGUCUUCAAAAGAAAGGGCACUUUAACUUCCCAUCGGAGAAUUCAUACAGGAGAGACACCCCAUCAGUGCUUGGAAUGUGGCAAAGUCUUCAGAAGAAAGGGCAGUUUAACUUCCCAUCAGAGAAUUCAUACAGGGGAGAAACCCUAUCAGUGCCAAGAGUGUGGAAAGAGCUUAAGAAAAAAAGAGAGUUUAACUUCCCAUCAGAGAAUUCAUUCAGGGGCAAAACCUUAUCAGUGCUUGGAAUGUGGAAAGAGCUUCGUUCAAAGAGGCUGCCUCAUGGCCCAUCAAACAAUUCAUACAGGAGAGAAACCCUAUCAGUGCCAAGAGUGUGGAAAGAGCUUCAGUCGAAAUUACAGUUUAACUUCCCAUCAGAGGAUUCAUACAGGGGAAAAACCUUAUCAGUGCUUGGAAUGUGGAAAAAGCUUCGUUCAAAGAGGCCAGCUUACUGUACAUCAAAGAAUUCAUACAGGGGAGAAACCUUAUCAGUGCUUGGAAUGUGGAAGGGGCUGCAUUGACCGACGUCGGCUCACUGUCCAUCAGAGGAUUCAUACAGGGGAAAAACCUUAUCAGUGCUUGGAAUGUGGAAAGAAAUUCACCCAGAGCGCCCAUCUCACAAUCCAUCACAGAAUUCAUACAGGGGAGAAACCCUAUGAGUGCUUGGAAUGUGGAAAGAGAUUCAUUGAGAAGGCAAAACUUACAAUCCAUCAAAGAAUUCACAGCGAGGUGAACACUGGUCUUGAAAGACCUACAUUGGCUCCCAGUACGUUUCCGAGCACAAUUCAAAGUGUUGGUGCUGACCUUUAAAGCCCUAAACAGCCUCGGUCCAGUAUACCUGAAGGAACAUCUCUACCCCCAUUGUUCUGCCCGGACACUGAGGUCCAGCGCAGAGAGCCUUCUGGUGGCUCCCUCACUGCGAGAAGCCAAGUUACAGGGAACGAGGCAGAGGGCAUUUUCGGUAGUGGCACCCGCUCUGUGGAACGCCCUCCCACCAGAUGUCAAAGAGAAAAACAACUACCAGACUUUUAGAAGACAUCUGAAGGUAGCCCUGUUUAGGGGAGCUUUUAAUGUUUAAUAGAUUAUUGCAUUUUAAUAUUCUUUUGAAAGCCGUCCAGAGUGGCUGGGAAAACCCAGCCAGAUGGGCUGGGUAUAAAUAUGUUGUUGCUGUUGUUGUUAUUCCAGUGCCAAGAAUGUGGAAAGAGCUUCAGUCACAGGGCCCGCCUCGCUUCCCAUCAAAGAACUAACAUUGGGGGCAAAUUAUAGUAGUGGCUGUAUACAGAUUUAAUUUUAGGAGACCAUAGUAAUUCCUACUACGUACCCAGAACUGUGACUUGCAAGUUCUUGGCCAAGGUGUUUCAUGCCUUCUUGACAAUUUCCUUUCUCUUGGCAGAUCAAGAUGAGUAGGUGACAGCAAAGGUUGCAAACUUUUUAGCUGGGACAAUUAGAGUAAGAUCCACUAUUUGACUAUUGACUCAAAAUCCUACAAUGCAUUUUAUAUAACGGACUUUUUAUCUUUAUUCUUUGUAUAUCAUAUUGUUCUUUAUUGGUAGGCCGGUGGCUGAUGCAAAUAAAGACUCAUUCAUUGAAUAUUUUCUUCACGUCAUACCUGGGGAGAGGAAUAAGAGUGAUUUGGCGACACUGAUGAGGUUGCUGUCCAUGCCGAGCUUUCCUAGGAAGGACUUAGUGUAAAAAUUGUGAUAGUUCAGUUAAUGUUAGAUACUAUAUUAAUAUAAUAUUAAUAGAUUUUGAUUCUGUUCAAAGUGUCCUAGUACUUAUUGCAUUUAGCCUUUUCGAUAGAACGUAUGAGGCAUGGUUUUUGUAUGCCUGCAUUUUGUAAUCCUCAUGCCACCCUCCUGCAUUGUGUAAAGCUGUGAUGUUUACAUUGCCUACCACUUCCAGCCUUAUCUGACCCUAGAAGGGCAGGUGAUGUUUUGGGAAAGAGGGAGGAGUUGAGCUACCACCAGGGUGUGAACUCACAUCUCUCCUCAAAGGUCUUUGUCAUCUUUUGGUACCAGGGAAGUAAGAUAUGGGAUUGAAAUGUCAACAGUCCCAUAGAAGGCCUGGUUGCCAUGGGCAUGGUGUCAAAGUGAGACAUAAGAGACCCAAAUUACCUGGGCACUCUGGGACACCGCAAGGUAAUUUCAGAGGAGUCGAUAUCCACAUUAAGCCACAAGUCCCAUGACCUGUGACCUUUCUUGAUGCAAGUGAAAGAGUGUUGUGGCAUUUUAUGAGUCUUUGUGUGCUGUGUAUAUAAGCUUUCUUCUAAUAUGCCUCCUGGCAGCCUUUUCGAACUGGCCGUUCUGCUGAACAACUGGUUAGCAAGGCUGUCUUAUUGCAAUAGUUUGAAUAAACUAGGUCUCUGCAGGAUGCUGAGAUUGCUCUCAUUCUCUUGGUUCUGAGAUUUUGUUUCAGGUAUUCCCUCCCCUGGGUCACGAACCGGUGAUGUAGAAGCAAAUGCUGAUCACACGAGCAAUUCACGUACUUUUUAUUUUCCUUUCUUCUGUGAGAAUCUUAAGUCAAGGAUUCUUUUUCUGCUGUCCUCCGAUCAUUCACAAUGGGUGUAUGCCAAGAGGAAAGAAUGGUAUCCAUGAGGAAACAGAGUCCUUGGUUCAUUGUACGGCAAAAGGAGUUGGGAGCAAGAGAAGGACAAGUUUGUUUGCUUUAGGGUACUCCAGGGUAUGCCUUCAAAGAUGGAAGGAAGAAGAUGAAGGGAAGAGCUAAGGGCAGGAAUGUGUUUAAAGAGGAAACAGACUCUCAUUGCAUUGUUUCAAUAAAAUGUUGCAUCCCAGGUACAAAGUUUCCAUCCUCAUUUCUGUCGCUGAUUGUAAGGUGGGAGAAGCAAGGCUAUAUAGUGACACUGAAAGGAUACUAGAAAAAUAAAGUUUAUUUAUAUAUAUAAAAAUGUAAACUGGCCAUGUCCGUUAGUAUCCACAUUUCACCAAAACCGCUUGACCGAUUGCGUUCAAAUUUUGACACAAUGCCGCAUGCGAAUAUGAGUGUGACCCUGUACCAUUUUCAAAGACAGAUGUCACACCUGUGCCAGGUAAAACCCCCAAAACCUCGUGUUUCAAAACACACCACCCAGACAAAAAUGCAUGCUGGGAAAAGAACCAGGUUGCAAACCAGCACCCUCUAGUGGUGGCUACACUGCUACUGCACCUAUAAAACCUUCCCUCUCAACAGCACCUCGGCUCCCGUUUACAUACUAGGCUGAAGCCUUUACAGACUAGGCUGAAUGGAGGUACUGAC